AUGGCGAUUCUGUACAGUUUGGUGGCUCGUGGGACGACGGUGCUGGCGGAGUUCAGCGCCGUCACGGGGAACACCGGCGCGGUGGUCCGCCGGAUACUAGAGAAGCUCCAAGAGACUGAACCGGCCGAGUCGAGGCUGUGCUUCUCACAGGAUCGGUACAUCUUUCACAUCCUCCGCUCCGAUGGGCUUACUUUCCUCUGUAUGGCCAACGAUACCUUUGGAAGACGAAUCCCAUUUUCGUACCUGGAGGAUAUUCAAAUGAGAUUUAUGAAGAAUUAUGGGAGAGUGGCUCAUGUUGCACCUGCUUAUGCUAUGAAUGAUGAAUUCUCGAGAGUGUUGCAUCAGCAAAUGGAGUUUUUUUCCAGUAAUCCCAGUGCUGAUACACUCAACCGUGUCAGAGGAGAAGUUAGUGAGAUGAGGGUUUGA